UCCUCGGUCGCUAUCAUGGAGCAAGCGUACACAAACACGGCUGUGGCCGUAUCAACUUAUUCGGAUUUUUGUUCUCACUCUUUUACAUAAGAGAAUGAGGCUGUUACUGGUCAGGAGAGGUCGCAACGAUGUGGACAUUUACGCUACAAGUUUUACCUCGCCCUGAAAAUGGUUGAGUGACUUAAUCCGGCGUAUUGCCGACGUUAGCUAAAAAGGACAAGUUAGCAGCUGCUAGCCGAUUGAACCUGUACGUCUGCUCGGUGUCAGCGAGGAUCAGCAGCCUCAGAGGAUGCAAGUUCUUCAAGAUCACUUCUUCUACCACUCAUAUUCGAGGUUGAGAGAUCAUGCAAGUCUCGAGAAGGAGAGACAGCUUUUGGUUGAAGAGCAGAAGAUAUGCAAAGCCCGAGCACGCAAAUUCUCCCUGGAAACCAACCGACGCAGGAAGGCUUUGGAUGAAAGACGGAAGCAGUGGGAUGUGCAGGAGCAACGCCUGAGAGACCGCAUCCUCCAGCAACGCAGACUGCAAGUACAGGACGCAACUGAGCGUUUCCAAAGAGCACAUCUACCCCCUUCUGAGAAGCGCCGACAAUCUUUUAAAAGAAACGUUGCAAAUAUUGAAGAUGCACUCCAUCAAAUUCAAGGCACCUCGAGUUCGUACACUCGGCAGUCCUCUUUCUUGUCCAGCAAUAUAAACAUUAAUAGAAGCUGCUCCCCAUCUCCUAAGCCACCCACGGUUUCUAAAUCCUCCCACCGCCAAGCGCUCUCUGCUGUGGAGGCCUACACAAAACUCCUCCUGGAACAGAGCAGAAUAGAGAGGGAGCACGAUCACAGUCCACAGGGUAGCCACCUGUCUGAUUCUUGUCUUUCUGAGAGCCUUUCAAGUAAGGAUAGUUUGGAAAAUGAGGAUUUCAACCACCUCACAAAAACUCUGCAGAGUUCCUAUUCAUCACUCUUGCUUGGCACAGAGAGGACCCAUCAAGACCUAAGAAAGCAAAAUGACUUGUGCCAUCAAACAUCAGACCUCUCAGCGAUGAUGCUUCUCGGUGAUAACUUAGUCCAAGCAAAUAAAUGGCAUGAACCAAACCAGAAACAACUAGAUGAAUCUGGCUGGUCUAAUAAGAAGAUAAAUGUUUCUAAAGCCUCGUGGGGAUUCACAUCUGUUGAACAAAGACUUAAGACAGAGAUCCAGCCUGCUCUGCACAACUGUAAUUUAUCAGCUCAUAGUGAAAAUGUUAGCGGUGACCUAGAGCCCUAUGAGGUGAAAACUCGACAGAACAGCCCCGGUGGCAACAUCAUUAUUGCAAAUAUAGCUGCUCUUGGCAACGCAGCACUCGAUUCUUCCUAUCCUAAACAAGAGGGCCUCUUGGCUCCCAAACAGGAGAGGAUCCAAGAUGACAGACAAUUAAAAUAUCCAACUACAGAAAUUCCUUUGCUUGCCAAAAAUAGCAACAGCAAAGACAUUUUGUUUGGGGAUCCCCCAAAGCCAAAUAUUUUCUUGAACGACAGUACAACAGACAAUUUGUCAAAAGAAGGCGAUCUUCAGCAAACAGGAAAAGAAAACAGCGCUCUGUCAUCUCACAAAGAAUGCAGUGCUUCUACAAACAAUCUCAAUAAGAUUACAAACUCAGAGUCCAAUACUAAGAAGCCAAUAAAUACAAAAUCCAUGGAGCAUACCUGCUUGUCUAAUAUUCAGUCAGAUACAUACAAGUAUCUUGAAUGUCCUGAGAAGGAAGUUGAGAAAAUACCUUUGUCAAUAGAGACGUCUGAUUCUGUAUGUGAGGUCAGAUAUAGUAAGGGAAUUCUUAAAAAGCAGUCCAAAUACAUGGAUUCCACUUGUGUGUACAGCUCAGGGAAUUUGAUUUUUGCAAAACAAGUAGCUUUAGCGAUCAGGGAUAGUGUUGAAUUAGCACGGAGAAAAACAAGGGACCUGGAGGGCAAUAACACUGUCAAAAAGAAGCUGCGUUGGUUUGAUGAAGUGCAUGUGGAAAAAGAGAAAGAUAAACAGAACAAAAUGAAAGGCAAAUCCUCCAAUCUCUGUCAACCAAAAAACAACUCGGACGACCACCAGCUAAGUCUUAGUGCGUUCUCAGAGACUCCCAAGACUGGACCCGGCAUGACCCCUGCAGCCUCCACUGGUUAUCAGUUUACAAAGGAAGCUUGGGCAGAUGUUCAAGUCAACUUGCCCCAGCAACAAACCGAUGAGGUCAAGGCACACCGCAACAGCAUCAGAGCCAGUGCCCCCAAGGUCCCUCGGAAAGAGCACUUUGGCAGAGCGGGUCCUGUUUCCUCACGAACAAGAAAGGGCACGGUCAUACGACCUCAGUCUGCCACCGAGGUUAGUCAGAUUGCCAAAACCCAAGGGAAGGUCAUGGUGCCCCGCCCACCUCCUCGGAUGGAAUCUGCAGAGCAAAAGACUCCUUGCAUCACCAAAAUUCCGUAUGGCAGGGAUCACGCGAGCGCCAUCAACAAACAGGCCAUGGCUGUUGAGCAGGUCCUGAACAAGAAUAACUCAGAGGGCCAUUGCUCAGCUAAAACGCAUAAAGAAAUAACAACAGAAAGUACUGUUUUAGACACACCACUGCCACCCUCAUAUGCCUCCCCACUCUCAGAAGGCAUUGUGACGAGCAUGCCCAGUUCAAGUCAUCAGGAAACUCACCACUACAGAAGAAAGGGGGGGGAUGCAUGCAAUGAAAAAGACUUCUGUUUAGAUUGUACUCCCACAGAUGAAGAAAUUUCACACCUCUGGCAUGGCGUCCGCAGUGCCUUAACCACAAAGGAUGCAAAACCGAUACUGAAAGCACCAGCCCUGGAGAGAGGGCGAGUUUUAAGGAAGCCCUGUACAGAGAAAGGCAGACAGGCUCCUGGCUCAGAGAAUAAAAGACUUCAUCAGAUCUCUCAGCAAACAAAGCAGACCGCAAAGCUGCUCAGAACGUUUUCAAGCACUUACAACUCAGCCUUUCCAAAUGAAGAUUUUGAGAGUGCAGCCCAGUUACACCUAGCUGAAGUGCAUGCUAAAGGCCAUCUGGAAGAAAAGGGUAUAGUGGCUGCCAUGGAGACAGUCCAAACACAGAGAUCUGGAACAGUAGAGCAGUACAGCCAACAGCAGGAGCUCACCACCAUUUCCUUGGAGGAGAAGAAAAUUCUGCUCUGUCUGGAUCGACUCAACCACCAGCUUCAAUGUGUGCAGGAGCGUGUUGGGGGCAAUACUAGCAUGCAUGGUCUUGUACUUAGUGAUGCACCCUAUACAAGAGAAGUGAAAGCAUCAAACCAUAACAAACACUGUGGAUCCUCAGCUAACAAUCACUCUCGAUACCACAAGAAGUCCUGACUUGAAGCUUGUGUUCGCCACAGCAGUCUUGAGCCCUCAUCGGUGCACAUUAUGCUGAAACAUGUUGUUGAAACAAGCACUUAUUACCCCGCAAAAGGAAUUUUUACAAAGUGUGUCUUUUCAAGUAACUAAGGAUCUGAAAUAUAAACAGCCUUGAAUUGCAAAGACAAAAAAACCCCAUAUCAGCAGCCUUAGAGCGCACGUAGCACAUGGUCAUAAAAGAAAAACAAUUUUAAGAUACUGAUUAUCAAGCAAUUUAAGUCUGAAGUGCCUAUGUAAAUGAGAAAGGCUUUAAUCUGUUUUUAUGUUAAAAAAUGCAAAGAUGCUCUUGUUUCAAUCAACACAUGACCAGCCCUGACUACAAAAUAUACAAACACUAUCAAAUUGUAUAUGUUAAAUGUUUAAAGUUGCACCACUCUGUAUUUAUUUUGUAUAGUAACACUAUGAUUUGCUGGACUGUUUUGCAACUAUAUCAGCAGUGAAGUGAAUAAAUCUUGUUGUCAGUUUGCUGAUAAACUCUGUGUUUGGCAGUGUUACAAUCAGUGAAUUGACCAAGGCCUGGAAAUGGUUUAUGAAAAGACGUUUUGCAGCGUUGAAGGUGUGUUCGUCUUUCUUUUAUGGCUGUGGAACAGAUGAUUAUGGCUACUAGACUCAACCUACUGGCUCAGCAAGCCAAGCCUCUACCAAAGAGGUUUCCACAGGUUUCUCUUAAGAUUGCACCUAUGCUGAAUUUUAUUUUUGCUUUAAGGCUUAAUUUAUUUAAUAUUGCCCUCAAUCUAUAGCAACAUCAAAAGACAAAGGAUGGUAUUAUUUGAUACUAGUUGUUGUUUAAAGUGUAUUUAAUUAAAAACUUCUCUGUCUUCCUCGGCAAACAAUAGGUGCAUUGGGGGAAGACGCUGUAGGGAUUAUUGAUGUGAGCUGCCCCUCCUUCUCCGGCGUGUCUGGGUUUGUCCCUCUGUCAGCCUGCUAGGACUUGUUCCAAGAGCUGAAGGAAGCCCAAGCUCAUCUGAACAAUGAUGGGACUUUUUUAUAGCUUAACUGCAGGUUUCUUUGGUGCUCCAAGAAGGAGCUAUAAACAGUAAUGUGACAAUGGUGUCUCAUUGCCACAUCGAGUCGUGCAUCACCUCCUUGUUAGCUUACACCAAACCUGAGAACAGCAACAGAGGGAGACAAUGUAUUCAUUUUUAGCAUAUGAUUAUGCCCACAACAGCAGACGCACUUUGACUCAUUAUAUGUGAAGAGAUUCUCCAGUGAAACAUACAAAUUGUCCAAUGUGGUUAAUUGACAAUGAGCAUCAGUGUUAUUUCUACCCAGUGUGCAUGAGACGAUUAUAAAGGGAAGAAAACUACUUUUAUCUGAACUGAUGAAUGCUGAUAUUUAACAUAUUUGAGUCCUACCUAUUAACAAGAAACUGUCUAGUAAUAAUACUUGGACUGCCCCAAUAAAAAACAACAACAACAUAGGCACGCACACAAAUAAACACAAUCAUGUAGAUUAAGUGUUCAUGUUCAGAUAAAUCACUGAAAUUCUGAAUAUUCUGCUGUAGGUUUGCCCUGAAAUCAGUUCCGUUUGGCUUGGCACCAUUAUUGUUCACAGUCAUUAUGCUAUACAAUGGUGAGUGUAAUGAGCUUUAAGCCUUAACCAGCACAACACCCAGAAACUGAACAAGAAAAGGCAAGAGUGCUGAAAAUAAGGGGAGACAUUUUCACAGAUGCAAGUUCAAACUUGUGCUUUGGUCUGUUGUGAAGCUUAAGCUGUCAAGUAUUUUGUCUUCUUUUGUUACAGUCCAUUUAACACGCAAUGAAUGAGUGUCUGGAAAAGCAAUAUUGCAUGCAACGAAAAAUGACUGAAACAAACCUUGACUUCUGAAUCUGAAUAUCUUUUGUAAUCAAACAAUAUGCACAUGGAUGGGAGGUUGGAAAUUAAGCUUUACAUGUUUAGAUCAAAUUUGUAAUGAUAACAAUGGCUUAAAAGCUCAGAAAAUGAGUGAUAGCUAAGAUUUAUGCAUAAAACUGAAAGACUGUAGACAAUAAAAAACGUUAAAGUUGA